ACACAGUGCUGCCACCUUGUGGAACACCUCUCGUUCGCUGUACGACUGCAAUCGUUGCAUGGAGUCAGUCGUUUCACGAAUACCGCGGGUGGUUUGCGCGAAGGCUCGCCGCUGCCUUUAACCGUUGUGCGACGGAUCGUCCGUCGUUUCGCGGUCCGAGGUUCGUCCGCGUGUCUUCGACCACCUUUCCCGCUUAGAUUUCCGUGCGGUUUUAUUCGUCGAUUUUAGUGACAAUCACGAGCGAUGUAACCGUACCCUGACGUCACACGGCUAAUCAAGUGCACACACGAACGCAAACAUGGGCGCGCGCGCGCCUGCCACUCGUAUCCGUAUACACGGACGGUCUGCGUAGCUGCGCACAGCGUACUUCGUUUGAAUACGUGUAGGACUGUGCACACGACCAAACUGAUAGAACACAAAAAAGAGGGAAACAUCAUGAUCGCGAACGACAGAGGAGAAAGAACGGAAGUAAAGAGAUAAAGAAAGAAAGAGAUAUAUAUGUAUAUAUAUAUAUAAGUAUAUACGCGCAUAUAUUAUAUACAUAUAUAUAUAUGUGUAUAUAUAUGUAUAUAUAUAUAUAUAUUCUCAUGCCGAGAGAACGGUGUUUAGAGAAAAGGGGUGAGGCGUAAAACGUAUAUACGGAGGACAUUUCACACUGGUACCCGUCUCUAAGCACUUGUGAGCCUUUCGCUUUAUAAAACAUUACGUAUUGCGAUAUUAUGGAGAGAAAUACACGACAAUGAACAUCGAUGUUUUUCUUCCGUUCAAAAUACUCGGAUAUCGACGUUUCUCGAACGUUGUGUGUUUUUGUGUUCAUGCUUUGGAAGGAAUUUCGCGUUUCCGACACGUGCGAAACAAAGCUGUGAAAUAGAAUAAAGAAGACGAGAAAAGAGUGAGAGAGAAGUAUCUACAUCUCGUGGCGCCCCGUUGUGUUUUUCUAUGGAAAGCUGGGCUUGGAACCUGCGUGGACUUUCGGUGUGGAAGAAAACCAACUACAUACAACCAAAGAGACUUAUUCCCAUGACCACUACAUGAAUGGUCGAAUUCUUACGUGUUUUAUGGCAUAAUCGGUGAAAUCUACGAACAGGCGAGCGAACCUUGAAUGGAUGAACUCCGAUGGAUGGUCAAGUUUCGUUUCAAUCCAACCGGAUCGACAAGGUUACGAACAUCUCGCCGAGUCUUUGCGGAAAGAAGGAAGGAAGACGAGGACAAAAGAAACUUAAGCAGCUUGAUCUUGGCAAGGCGAUUGUCGAAGAAACGAAUAAUUCAGCGGUGCUCGCGAGCAACACGAUUCCCUAGUCUCUUCAGAAGAAUCGCGUGUCGCUGAAUAUUUAUAAGAGAUUCUGCGUUUGGAAAGCGGAUAGAAAACUGAUCGUUCCUGAACGGUGACAACAGCGACUAACCGAGGGAAGAAAAAACCGUAGAAAAUAAGAGGGACGUCUAAGGUUUCUAUUUACGUCGAUAGAUUACGCGUGUGUCGUGGAAAAGAAGACACGAAUAUAUCUGGACUCGUAUACAAGUGGAUGAGCGAGCGAGAAAGUAACGACGAAAAGUGAACCCAAUGUUCGAGGGCAAGAUAGAAAUGAAGGUGACAAUACUCGGUCGAUAAGAAGUGUCCUGUAACGUGCCAACGAGACAAAAGUGUAGUAGUUAUUUCGGUUGUUUCGAUGACAGUGACGUGAAUAUUUCGACAGGGAAGUCGAAUGUUGGUAAAUGAAGAGGAUAGUAACGAUAAAACAAUGCGAUUAAGAACACGUGUUCAGUCAGUGAGACUCGCUCGAGGAAAAGAAACUAUUUGCCUGCGUUGAUUUUGAAUUUGCCGCGUUGUGAUACAGAACCUACUGUGCCAGUUGAACGUGACAUUGGAAACGGAAUAUACCUUUAAUUGCUUCGUAUUUUACUUUACUGUUUGUUUCUGUGUGUUUCGGUCCGUGGUGAUCACGAGCAAACAACUCGGCCGUGAAAAGUUCCGCAUAUAGAAAUUCUUAAUCAUUGAAGGGGAGGAAAACAAAGAAAAAGGAUCGUAUCGUAUUGACGGAUUUGGGAAGUGUCGGUGGUGAAUAUUAGUGGUGCGUUCGUUCGAUCGUUGUCGGUGGUGGUAUCCGCAUUGUUGUGGUGUGGGCAUGUGGUGAAGGGUGGUGGUUGUGGUGGUAGCAGAUCGUGUAAAAAGGGACGAUUGGGACUCUUAACUUAUUAUCACGGAUCUCUCCCGGCAGUUUGACACCACAGCCAUCCUCGAUGAGAGGAGGCACAUGUCCAUUGCAACCGCUGAAAAUGCAGGUGUACUGUUGGCGUCUAUAGGCACCGACAAAAUGUUAUUGACAAUAACUGCAGCGAAGCUCGCUUAGAUCAGACGCCUAGCCCGUGUGAACUACAGGACCCGCUGCGGGUCAAAAUGAGUGCGAUCACUGGCAGCAUCACCAAGAAGAGAAAGAAAUCCGAUGCCAAGCCACAGUCACAAAUUAACAAGUGCCUUAACGAAAAGCGACGACGGACCCAGGAGAACCUGUUUAUCGAUGAUCUUGCCGAGCUGCUUUGCGCCACGGACAUGAGCUCUGGCAAGACUGACAAAUGUCAGAUCCUUCAGAGAACCGUCGAUCAGAUUCGGCACAUUAGGCAACAGGAAGGCUCGAACAGUCAUGCCGUUCAACAGGGAGAAGUGUCUUCAUCGAAUCGUAACAUACUGUCCAACGAUCAAGUUGGCCCUAUUUUACUUGAGGCGCUAGAUGGCUUUCUAUUUCUUGUAAAUACGGAGGGACGUGUGGAGGACGUAACGGAAAAUAUAACACAAUAUAUAAAUUACACGAAGGAUGAUGUACUUGGCAAGGAUAUUUAUAACAUUAUUCACCAUGGAGACCACAACACCUUCACGCCGAGCUUGUAUCCUAUGUCAUUAGGCUUAUGCGUAAACGAGCCACAGCCCCAGAGGAAUCGUACCUUCAUUUGCCGCUUCUUGGUGAAGCCGCCCGAUGAUACAGAAGAGACUAUGGAAGAGAAGCAGCAACGAGUAUCGAAAUACGAGUCUAUGCAAAUCUGUUCAGUUCUAUUGCCAAGUAAUAGUGAUCGCCUGGAGAGCGGUGACGUAUCCUCUGAAUCCUCGGACAUCGGUUCAUGCUUAAUGUGCGUGGCUCGCAGGAUACCUCCGAACGAGAAGCCCAUUGGUUCACUCAUCGAGCAGUUCGCUGUUAAGUUGGACACUACGGGGAAGAUUAUUACGGUUGAUAUCAGUGGGUUGUCGCCUCUUUACUCCAAGUACCUAAACAAGGUAAGGGACCUGAUUGGCACAACAAUAAAAGACUUGUGCCACCCCCAUGAUCUCAGUAAGCUAACUGCACAUUUGAACGAUACGCUUCAAGUCGGUCAGAGUAUCAGCGAUGUGUACCGGCUACGCGUUAGUCCUGAUAAGUUCCUUAACAUUCAAACAAAGUCAAGGCUUUUCAAAGCAAAUGUGAUGAAUACACACACUACUGACUUCAUUAUGGCCACCAAUUCCAUCAUUGGGGACAAUGACUUAACGCCUAUCGAGGGUGGUCAGCUUUCCAACAACAAAGUGUGCUCAGGACACUCUAGUAACCGUUGUGCGAAUAAUAGUAAUAAUAAUAAUGGUAACAAUAAGAAUAACGUGGGUGGCCCGCUGAUGUCCGUGGCACAUAUGAACGGUCAAGUGAGUGGUAUCAGUGGCCGGGGGUUGGCGGGUACCUCGUCGCACAGUGCCGCGACCUCGUCGAACUCGAUAGUAUUUAGCGCGGCUGAGUCUUGCAACAACCCCCUGCCGUCGUUGAGUACCAGUAACUCGUUCAACCACUUUUUGGAGAAAAUGGACUUGGAAUUCGAGUUCUUCCGCAGUUCCACAUGGGACUUGGAUAGUGGCAGCGGGUGGGCAGAUAGGCCUGAAUCGAGAGCGAGCGGGCCACCAAACUCACGACCAUCUUCCCAGCCAGCCCCGACAUCUCCGAGUCCCCAAGGAACGUUCUCCUCUAAUUCGGCGGUGGCGCCUCACUGCAGUCCCCUUCGCGCGUUCAGCCCGACCUCAGGCAACGCAGCUCACACCUUCAGUAAUUCGUUCCCCUUCAGUCCGCUUCAGGAAUCACAGACGUCCUCCUUGACGAACAGCGCAGCUAGUAGCGUUAGUGCCAACGGAGCCGCCGGAUUGACGCCGAAGAGGCAGAAUGAAGGGAAGACCGGAUGCUCGACGACCAAUCAAUCCGCCAUGGAGGCAACCAACGCGAGAAACAAUGCAACCCCCGUGUCCGCGGUGGCGACGGCCGCCGGCCAGGCCAGUGCCGCAUCCGCGACUGUCGUCGAAACUGAAAACAGUGUUGUGUCCACCGAGUCCGGUAGACUGAGAAACUUGUUGACCAAGGGGGCUAGUGCUAGUGAGGACAGUCAAGAUAAUACGAAUAACGAUUCCAACAACCAAAAUAAGCAUAAGAUAUUAAAGACCCUGCUGAAUCAGCAAGACGAAGACGAUUUUCAUCCCGAGCAUAAUAAUAAAGUGCGCACGAGUUCUAGCAACGUUCCGAAACCGAGCAUGGAACAUUCGAAAUCUACGCAUGGAAAUAAUAUGCUGCUACAAAAGUUAUUAAAUGAGAAAAACGACGAGGAAGACGAAGAGGCCCGCGCUGGUUUGAAGAAGCGAAAUGAACUUCUGCAGCGGCUCUUGAAGGAUCAAGACGAUGAGAGGAAAGUUCAAGAUCAACAGUGCAAACCACAGAGUCGGGAAGAAGAUCCACUCUUGCGGAGCCUUGGAUUUCGGAACACAACUCCAUCGCCCUCUCAGUCAGGUGACAACGUUGGACUCGGUGGCUCGAGUCAGGUCGGACAGAAGAGACCGGGCGAUGAUGGUGAUUUAAACAUAGCUGUGAAACGUCCCAUGGACGGUUCACAUCAAGUAUCAUCUUCUGGUACACCUACUAAUACAACUAGUAGGCUCCAGGAGAAAAACAAGAUGUUGGCCGAGUUGCUAGCAACACGGCCUCCUCAGCCAACCACUAUCCCACCUAUACCUGCGUCUGUGAUAUCGGCAACGCCACAGGAUAAGCUCGUUCGUAUAAAACAACAGCAACCGCCGCAGCCGGCACAGCCACAACGACAACCGCAGCAGCAGCAACAAGCGCAGCAACAACAGCAACAACAGCAACAACAGCCGUGGACUGGUGGCAGCAUGCAGUCGGUUGGUGGUAAUAACACGAUUACGACAACCGCAACAUCCGCGCGGACUCCUCUCCAAAGCCAGUCGAGACAACUACCUCGUCAAACAACCAAUACCUACCUCAGUCAUAUGCUAAGUCAGCAACAAAGACCCCAAAUGGGUCAGAUGGAAUCGGAAUUCACAGGCAGCGGAGAGCAUCAUCAAACGAGUACUGAUCCGAGCGGUUGGGAUAACCAGUCGUCAGACCCUGACCUUUCGGAAAUUUUGGAUCAAGUGAUUGAGUUCGUGCCGGAUGAAGCUAUUACAGAUUCGUCUGCAAUAGCAAAUCUCCUAGAUGUAAUCGAAGCACCACAAAACAACGUGUUGAACGAGAAAAUGGCGAUUAACGCGAUACAGAAGUCGUUGAUGUUAUGCGAGACUGCCGUAAAUCCAACGUCUUCCACCAUAACAAUUCCUGGCACGCCUCCAGCUUACUCGACUGCGUUGGGAACUGCACCUGUAACGACCAGCCAUAGCUACCAACCUCCGCCUAUGUACCAACAACAGACGAGAAUGAGGAGUACAACGCAGCUAGUCAGGCAAACUACUACUGCUCAAUUCACACAGCAGCAACAAAUACAGUUACAACAGCAACGGGCGAAGUUAAUACAGCAACAGCAGCAGCAACAAUUGAAACAGAGGUUGUUGCAACAACAACAACAACAGCAAUUGCUUAUUCCUUCCAACGCUACAGCUACGGACCAAAUUACAACCGGCAUCCACAACAUUGAUAGCCUUUUGAACAAUACUGUUGCACCGAACGUGUCGUUGCAGCGAUCGAGUGUCCCAGAUUCGCAAGUCUCUCCAGGUUAUGGGGGAUCCGUCCAGAUGCCUUCCUCCGGUCAUCGACUCGCUCACUCGUAUUCCCAUCCAUCAACGUUACCACAACACCCCAUUGUAAACAAUAAUUUCAACAGUGGGCAACAAGUGUCCGCUGCAGCACGACUCUCGCCGCAUUCUCCCGUUGGUAUUCUGUCAUUCUCCCAUCCGCAGCCGCUGUCACCACGAGUGACGCAAGGCAACUAUGGUAAUACCCCGAGACUAUUCAACGUUAAUCAGGUGAGAUCGCAGCAGCAGCCUACCGCGCAGCAGCAGUUGCAGCAACAACAGAGAUCAAUGCCUUCACCGGGGACUCCAGCGUCCGCUCGGCAGUCUCCAUUUCCGGCAGAGACUUUUCCCCCUCCCACAUCUCCCACAGCUAGCCAAUUUCCUCCUGGUCCUAAUCCUGGUGCACCAAAUCCUUCUGCCCAAUACCGGUUGCAAAGGACCACAUCUACACCUUCAGCUACGACUCAGUUGCCAGGUGGGCUCGGUUCGCCCCGGCACUACGGCGGAGUGAGUAAGGAACAACCUCUUCUUUCACCUAGUCAUCCACAUUCGGGUUGCCCAGCAACACCGACUCACAAUCAACACAACGUAACGAAUACCCAACAACACUUCUCCAACCAACAACAUUCUUCUAUGAUAUACCACACGACCGCCAAUACAAUCAACACAGCAGAUAUGCAGAACAGUCAGUUCUGUUACGAUCGGACGUCUGUUCCACUCUAUUCGUCAGGGCCUGGGGACACGCAGGACGCCAGGUCUCUACCUCCCGGUAAUCCUGUCAAUCACCAAUUGGGUGGAAACGCUAGCAGUACCUCGGAGUUUGUCAGGCAAGAAUUGAGAGCGAUCGUUGGCGCACGGACGCAGCAACAGCAACAGCAGAGGGUACCGAACAACAUACAGAACAAUCUAUCUGGUCAAGUUUCUCAGGACGAUCUCGAUGCACUUGGUCUCACUUUUGAAAUGCCUUCUGCAGGUGAGGCUGUGGUUAGCGAUGGCCCUGCAAAGAGCUGGGCCAUUGGGAGUGCCGGAAGUGCCCCCUCGUCCUCCAGGACUUCUAUGGAGGAAGUGGCUCGAGGUGAUCCCAAGGUGAACCAGUCGUCGCUGUUACAGAAGCUGUUGUCCGAGUGACUGCAGGCCAAUAAUGCCUUGCACGGUAACGGAAUCUAUGUAAUAUACGUUUGAACAUAAAAUGGAGAAAAAGGAAACGGGGGAACGAGGAAGCCGGGUGAACGCGCGACGAACAAGGAAGAGAGAAGAAGGAAUAUCGAUCACACACGCAUACACGGACACAUAGUCACACGAUACAGUUACACCCCAUGUUACACCUUAUACGUAAUGGAUACUAUUGUAUUAUAUGUAACGCUACAACACACGAAGUCAGUAUUCAGAUACGUAUCACCAAAUACAAUGUGAGAAAGCUGUGGGCCCGUGCGUCCCCCGCACCCUCGGACCUUUUCCGCGUCGUGAAAAUUGAGGAAACG